AUGUUUGGAGGAAGACAAAGUAAUAAUAGAAGCAACGACUCUUUGGAGCAGCUUAUUAAGCGUGCAACGGAUGAGACUUUAACCAGUGAUAACUGGCAGUACAUUCUUGAUGUAUGUGAUAAUAUUUCCAAUAAUCCAGAAGAAGGUACAAAACAGGGAAUCAAAGUGGUUUCACUGAGAUUGGCAUCGAAGGAUGCUAAUAUCAUACUUCGGACGUUGUCGUUGCUUGUGGCAAUGGCAGAAAAUUGCGGAUCAAGAAUGAGGCAAGAGAUUGCAACAACGUCGUUUGUACAAGAAUCGUUAUUAAAGAAGUUUACGGAUAGAAGGUUACAUAAGACGGUUAAAUUUAGGGUGGCGGAAGUGAUAAAGCAGUUGCAUGAUUCGUUCAAAACGGAUCCGUCUUUGAAACCUAUGACCGAUGCUUACAAUAGACUCGUUAAUGAUUAUAGCCAAUACUUGGCAGAGACAGCCGAUGGACCGGCUAAGCCCGCAAAGAAGGAAAGAAGCAGACAGGAUAAGAAAAAGGAAGAAGACGAAUUGCAGAGGGUAUUGAAAUUAUCCUUACAGGAGUAUGAGAGAGAACAGACAGUUAAGAAGAGUUAUUUGAAUAGCAAACCUUUACCACAAGCGCAAAAUGAGUUGCCAUAUCAACAGCAACAACAGCAGCAACAACAGGUUUUACAAAAUCAACCCAUGCAUAGUACCCCUACUGGUCAGCAAUCCACCCAAUCGCCUGUUGAAUCACAAACUAUAGCCACUGUAUCCAAAGUUCGUGCAUUAUAUGACUUAAUAUCGUAUGAGCCUGAUGAGCUUUCAUUUAGAAAGGGGGAUAUAAUUACGGUGAUUGAGUCUGUUUAUCGUGAUUGGUGGAGAGGAUCGUUGGUAAAUGGAAAAACUGGUAUUUUUCCAUUGAAUUAUGUCACUCCAGUGGUUACUAAAACCCCACAAGAGUUAUCUCGCGAAUUAGACGAAGAAAACAGACUUUUAUCGGUGGAUCUGAAAAAGAUAGAUAAGCUUUUGGCAUUAUUGUCUUCAAACCCGGAAACCAUCGAUGAAGAUGAAAUAACUAAGCUUUAUGGCGAUAUUAUACCUCUAAGGACAUCAUUAGGCAAAUUCAUCGACAAAUACAAUGUUAGAAAGGAAGAGCUCCUGGUAUUGAAUUCGCAAUUGAACAAUGAAGUCAAACUCUACAAUGACUUGAUGGAUAGCUCAAUUUCUCACAGGGUCACCCACCAACCCAGUGGAAUGUCUAUGGCGCCCUAUCCUACUGGAGUUGCUAGUCCGACACAUAGUAGCUUUCCUCAAGCUAAUCCAUCUAUGCUUCACCAACAGCCUACAAGUAGCGGCUUUGGAAAUGCGAGAGUAAAUAGUUCUAAUGAGUAUUUUCACUCACAACAAGCACCACCCACUUCGUUCAAUCAACAAUCACACCAACACCCACAACCGCCUCAACAACCAGGACCUCAAAGACAUAAUACUGAGUUCCUGAACAUUAACAAUUUUCCCAACGUAAAUAAUAUAUAG